CCUGUCAUUAUUAUUUUGCUGGUACUCGUUACACUGUGGUUAGAUUUUCGACUGAUACGUUAAACCGAUGACUGUUGAUCGUAGUGAAAUUCGUUUAAAAUCCAAAUUCGAUAUUCUCUUAAACGAACAUUAAACGCCGUUUAGUUACUUCUACCUCCGUUAUGGCGGAAACAAAUAAGGUGGAAGUCGUCAUUUCGGGUGUGGCCGGAGUAUUCCCCGAAAGUGACAAUGUGGAAGAAUUAAAAGAUCUGCUUUUCAAUAAGCAAAACGGGGUUACGUUAGAUUCGAGACGUUGGCCAUUAGAUGAGUAUGGAGUAAAAUCUGGAGUAGGCAAGGUGAAGUCUAUUAAUCGAUUUGACAACGUCUUCUUCAACAUGCACGGAAAAUUAUGUGAAUGUUCUGAGACUGUAAUUAAGUUGAAUUUGGAGAGAUCCGUGGAAGCUAUUAUCGACGCAGGUAUAAAUCCGGGAGAUUUAUACGACACAAAUACGGCAGUAUUCACAUGCUCUUCGGGUAGCGAAACCGACACAAUUGCGAUGUUUGACGAAUCGAAAUUAGGAUUUGCUAUAGUUGGCCACAACAAGGCCAUGCAAGCCAACAGACUUUCUUAUGUUUUAAAUUUGAACGGUCCUAGUUUCACGAUAUUUUCGUCAUUUACUGGCGGCGUGGACGCAAUUGUAAUGGCUAAACACAUGAUCGAAAAAGGCCACAUCAGAACCGCGAUAAUUGGAGGUUGUAAUCUAGUGCAAAGACCAAAUUUAUCACUUCAGUUAAAAGGUUUAGGAGUUCUAAACGAUGGAAUAGAGACUAGGUCGUUUAGCGAAGAUGCUGAUGGUUUCAACAGGUCCGAAUCGUGCGUGGCCAUUUUACUACAAAACUCGUUGGAUGCAAAACGAUCGUAUGGCACGAUAAUGAAUGUAAAAAUGGAACAGUACGGAGACCUCAGAGGAGUAUUUACCAAUUACUCUAGUGAACAUUAUAAACAAAUUAUAAUGAAAGCAUACGAAGAAGCAGGAAUAGAUCCCGCUAACGUAGCGUAUAUUGAAGCUGACGGAUGUGCUAUUAAGAAUGUAGAUGCAAUGGAGUUAGAUAUAAUAAAAGAUAUAUUUUGUCCUCCCCAUCGAAAAGAACCCUUGAAGAUCGGUUCAGUAAAAAGCAAUUUAGGUCACACUGAUGCUUCAGCUGGUCUUGUUUCGAUAGUGAAAUCGAUCAUAGCAAUGGACACUGGUUUUAUACCUCCUAAUAUAAAUUAUACUGCACCAAAUAGUGAAUCAGAUGCUCUUACAUCUGGAAAAUUACAGGUUGUCACAGAAAAGACUCCGUUAAAUGGUGAUUACGUAGGUUUAAAUAUUUUUGGUAGAACAGGAAACUAUGGUCAUAUUAUUAUGAAAAGGUAUAACAAAAAAAAGACGAAAAUAUAUGCAAAAGAUGAAAUGUUUGAUGAUGAUUUACCAAGAUUAAUUCUUGUUUCUGGACGUAAUGAUGCUGGAGUCAGGAAAACAAUAAAAAUGAUUGAGAGUUAUAAUGUCGAUGAAGAAUACACAUCGUUGCUGCAUAAAGUGUUCUCCAAAAAUAUAAGUGCACAUUUCUCCAGAAGUUUCUUCAUCAUUCCCACGCCGGGCCCAUGGAGAGAAAAAGACGUUUACCCGAUUACGAAUGAAAAACCUCAAGUGUGGUUUGUGUUCUCUGGUAUGGGGUCACAAUGGUUAAGUAUGGGCACACAGCUGUUACGAAUACCAAUUUUCGCCCAAGCGAUUGAAAAGUGUGAUACGGUCUUGCGGCCGUUUGGCAUCGAUAUAGUAAAUAUUAUAACGAGCCUCGAUACGACGUUGUUUGACAACAUCUUGAACUCAUUCGUCGGAAUAUCUGCAAUUCAGAUUGGUUUGGUAGACAUAUUGAAGGCGCUGGACAUUGAACCAGAUGGUAUGAUCGGACAUUCCGUCGGUGAGCUGGGGUGCGCUUAUGCAGACGGUUGUUUCACCGCUGAAGAGAUGAUAAUGGCCGCGUACGCCCGGGGUCGGGCCUCUGUGGACACAAAACUUCCAGACGGCAUGAUGGCGGCUAUAGGUCUUGGUUAUCAGUCCAUCAAGAACAGGUUACCAUCUGAUAUAGAUGUGGCGUGUCACAACUCGAAGGAGAGCUGCACAAUAUCCGGACCCACCGCGAGUGUGAAGGAGUUCGUCGAGAAGCUCAAAUCGGAAAAAGUUUUCGCAAAGAUGGUCAACGUUUCGAAUAUUUCGUUCCACAGCCGGUACAUACAGCCGGCGGCUCCGACUCUGCUCGAAUAUCUGUCUAAAAUUUUACCGAAUCCGAAACCGAGAUCGUCGCGAUGGCUCAGUACUUCUGUACCAGAGUCGAAGUGGAAUACGGAUUUGGCUCGAUACUGUUCCGCGGAAUAUCAUACUAACAACCUACUGAGUCCCGUUCUGUUUGAGGAAACGUGUACGCACAUACCAAAUAAUGCCGUUGUUAUUGAGAUCGCACCACAUGGUCUUCUCCAGGCCAUACUUAAAAAAUCAUUCGUUGAUUUGGUCCACAUCCCGUUGACUCAAAAAGUAUUUGGAGAUUCCGUUAGAUUUUUGUUGACAGCUAUCGGAAAGAUGUAUUGUAAUGGGUUGAAUCCAAACAUUGAAAUGUUAUAUAACCCUGUAAGUUAUCCAGUAUCUAGUGGUACUCCACCAUUGCAUACAUUAUUGUCAUGGAAUCAUGAAGAAAUAUGGCCAGCCAUCGAUGUGACAAUACUGAUAAAAAAGAAUAAAGGUGAAAGACUUAUUUCGCUAUCACCUUCUACAAACAGUUCAGUCGAAGAAUAUGAAAUACACGGCCGUCAUGUUCUUCCGCUCUCCGCAUUAUUAUUUUACACCUGGGAAUCGUUUAAUAAAUUGAGUGAUGAAUCCAACAUUAACUUACCCGUUGUCUUUCAAGAUGUUCAGUAUCAUCAACACGUCGUGAUAAACAAAAUUCAAUCCGGUGAUUUAUGUACGGCAAUACAGAGUGGAACUGGGCGCUUUGAAGUGUGCUUAAACAAUAUAAUUGUAUUAUCCGGAUAUAUAUUUGUAUUCGACCGUCUAAAAUUCAACAAAGACGCAACAGUACUACACGGGGAAAGCAACGGCAGCGAUAGCUAUCCCCGUGUAGUAUCACUGAGUCACAACGAGGUAUACUCAAGCCUCGAACAGUUUGGUUUCAUUGUUGGUGACGUUUUUAAAACGAUUCGGCACGCAGACAUAUACGAAGAUAGACUGGAAGCAGAUGUAUCGUGGGACAAUAAUUGGAUACAUUAUCUGGACGCCAUGCUGCAGCUGGCAACAGUGCAUCAUGUGGAGAAACGCGGAGAGCUCGUGGUUCCUGUUUCGAUCCAAGAAAUAUGCAUCGAUCCAUCUGUGUUAGCGGGAAGUUUAGAACCAAUAGAUUUUGCUGCGCAGUACAAUAUAUUUACCAACGAAGUUACGUGCAAAGGAAUCAAGAUUUCUUUACCUUGUUUCGAAGUAUUACCAUUGGAUCCGUUGGUGAAGACAACGUUCCAGCUUAGAGAACAGGGUUUGGUCGAUUUAUCCAAUCCUAGUAUGAAAACACCGAUCGAUUUUAUUGACACGUGUAUGGAUAUAGUGCUUGAAUUCCGACAGAGUGACGAUUUUGAAAAUGUUUUCAUGUAUUCCGUGUACGAUAGUCAAGACGUCGAGAUGGGCAACUACUCCGAUCAUAUUAUAAAAACCAAAGGUUCCGCUUUGAUGAUGAUAGAAAACGAUGUCAACAAGGAGCAACUAAAUAGUGGGUCAGAAAAUUCACAAUAUAUCAUAUUAACUCAACACGACAAAUUGUCGCAUGCUAAGAUUUUAAUGAAAGAUAAAAGUCGUGUUCACUUAAUCGUAUCUUCAAACAGUCCUAUAUCUGACAGUAGUGAUUUUACGAUAGUGCUGCAACAACAAUUCGGAGAUAACUAUUUGUCUUUAAUAAAAAAGGUUAUAGAAAUCGAUAGUGAUGUUAUCAUACACAGAUUAACUUCAGAAAAUAUAAAUUGUUGUGAUCAAAUUCAAAAUUUAUUAUCCAAUUUGAAAUCUUUAAAUAAAACUAUUUACUUAGUGUCUAAAAUUCAACCGGUAGAUGGAAUACUAUCGCUGGUGAAAAAAACGAAUGAAAUAAAAAAUAUUCGGUUUUUCUUCAUGCUGGACAAUUCUGUUCCUGGAUUUAGUACAAAUAAUCCAUUUUAUUCAAAACAACUUUCCAAAGACUUACUAGUGAACGUCUACCAAAAUGGCCGAUGGGUUACGUAUAAGGAAUUCGAAUUCAUAAAUGUUAUUAAUACUCAAACAUCAAUAAAAAAAACACUUCUUGCUAACUUAACUAAUAUAUCAUUGAAAAACGUUUCUGUAAAGUAUAUUGGUCUGAAUCCCCAAGAUACGAGUAUCGAUACGAAAAACAACAAUGUCGAGUACGACGAACUAGGACCUAUUGAGUACUCCGGAGUGGCGUCUAAUGGUUCUUUGAUGAUGGGCGUUGCGCCAUUCACACCGACAGUUUUUGAUAUCACGGUUGAUCCUAUUCUAUCUUGGGCAGUUCCUAAAAACAUGACCCUCGAAGAAGCAUCAACCAUUCCGGUGCCAUAUUCAAUGGCGUAUUACAUACUGAUCGAAAUUAGUAAGAUAACCAAAGACAAUUUAGUUCUGAUACAUUCUGGAUUAACUCCUGUAGGCCAGGCAGCCAUAGACGUAUGUCUGGAAAAAAAAUGUCAAGUAUUUGUCACCGUCUCGGAUUCCAAACAAAUGGAACUGCUAAAACAGAGAUUCCCAUCGCUUCCACAUAAAAAUGUAAUAAUUUACGACAAAGAGAAUUUCGAAAUUAAAUUCCUUAUGGCGAACAAUAAGAUGGACGUAAUUAUAAACUGUCUGGAGGGAGAAGAUUUUUAUGCUACCAUACGAGUAAUUGCGAAACAUGGAAAAUUUUUCCAACUGACCAAAAGCGAUAUGAAGAAGAAAUAUAAAAUGGGUUUGAACAAAUUUUUAAAUAACAUAUCGUUCUUUUCUGUGGGCAUGGACAGAGUAAUUGCUGAAUGCGAAGAAACGAAACGGGUCAUUCAACAUUUGAUUGAACAUGGCUUACGAAACGGCACAAUCAAACCGUUUGAUCGAUAUGUACUGACCGGUGCGUGUACGGGAACUCAAGCUCUAGAGACAUUGGAAAGAUUGACUCGAGAAAACGAAUUUAAACGAGUUGUAAUAUCCACGGAGAAAGCCAACAAUACUGGAAACAUGAUACAUCAAUUCCAGUGUUAUCCAGACCAAGUGUAUUUUGUUAUUGGAGACGAAUCUAAUGAUUGGUUAUGUCUGGUGGAAUGGUUGGCGCAAAGAGGUGCAUUGAAAGUAGUCGUAGGCUUGGAGAAAUAUUCCUUAACGCCGACAAUUUCACGAAAAUUUAACAUUUUACUUGAUCGUUAUAAAGGAAUUACGGUGCAAUUGGUAUCACAGUCGUUAUUGGACACCGAACAAGCGGCUUGUGAUUUACUGAACAGUUCGACUGAAACAUAUCCAUUAGCUGCAGUAUUUUUCGUAAGCGGUGUGGAUGAAAAAAUAAUCGAAAACAUGCAAAUAGCGAUGAGUCAAAUUGUCACAAAACACAAUCAGAAAACAUUAUUCGCGUGCUUAUUCUGCGGUGGUGCAAAGACAUGCGAACGAUUAAAGGCAAUCGGCGUCAACGCGUUGUGUCUGUCGUGGGCCCAAAACGGUGACAAACCCAAGCUCAGCAAAAUCAUACCCAUAUUGGAGAAUUUAAUACUGAAAUCUAACACGCUCACCAACGCAGUAGUCGUGUGCUCUGAACAUGUGCCUGAUAAAUGGACAAAUUCCAAAGUUCUGCAAUCUGACCAAAACAACAUGUUUUUACCAAGCACCGUUCAAGAGCUGGAAUAUAACUCGAAAUUCAUCGUUGUCGGUGAUCCAAACUUCGUGGAAGUGGCCACUAAAAGCGUGUUAUAUGCCGAAGCUAAAGGAGCAUACCCAGUAUUCGUUAUGCCAGGUUUCCAACCUAAUUACAUGACAAACCUGUACAGAAAUCUGGGCUACCCGACGUUCGAGGCCCGAUACCCAUCCAAAUUCGAAUCAGUUAAAAGCGUGGCCAGUGCUCUCGUAAAAAAACUCAGACAAAUAACCGAACAUCGUGCAGUCACUUUGAUCGGAGAGUCUUGGGGUGGCGCAGUCGCUUUGGUCAUGGCUCAAAUAUUGGAAACUGAAGGCAUUUUGGUAUCGUUGUCACUAUUGAAUGGAAUACCAAGCACCCUUCUCAAUUGGACCACCAAAAAUCUUGUUCUUAAUGACAGCAUUAACGCGUCGUUGCUUUCAAGAUACUUAUCUAUUGACUGCGAGAUGGCCAAAAAAUUUUCGUCUCAACAUGAAUGGGAUACGAACAUUAACCAGCUUCUGCGCUCCAAUAAGAUCAUGGAAACUCAUGACGUGUGCAACUCGUUAAACAUGAUACAGACGCAACUAAACACAUUGAUUAAACUAGAACCUUUACCCAAUAAACUACUAUCAAUACCCCAAGUAUUCGUAUCAAACGAGCUAUCCGACAUGAGUCUGAACGCGUUAAAUGAAUUUUGUGUUAACCAGCCUGUUAUUCAUAUUGCUGAAGAAAAUAGUCGGAAUAUGUUGAAAGACGCAAAUGUUAUCAAAACGAUCAAUGAAAACGUAGCGUUUGAUUACCCACACAGUUCGACGAUGUCUUUAAAUGACAAAUACAGUCAGCACUAUUAUAAUACCGAUGUUCCAUUAGUAUGUUAACAAAUUAUUAAUAUUUUAUUUUCAAAUAACCAAUGCUUAUUUGUCAGAAAAUUUGAUAAAAACGCAUAUACUAUUAAUAUUGUUUAUUUAUUAUCGAAAUAAAGCAUUUCAUAUUUUAAA